CGCAGGUUUCUGAUGCUGACUGCAGACGUGGAUUGUUAGCUACUAGUUCACUGAACAGAUUAAUUACAUUUAUGACGAUCCUUAGACAUUUCUGAAAAGCAAAUAUGCUGGAUUUUGCUAUAUUUGCAGUGACAUUUGUCAUUAUCCUCAUCGGUGCCGUCCUGUAUUUGUAUCCGUCUUCUAGACGAGCCUCAGGUGUUCCUGGACUAAAUCCCACUGAAGAGAAAGAUGGGAAUCUGCAAGAUAUAGUGAACAAAGGAAGCCUGCAUGAGUUCCUGGUGGGUCUCCAUGAUGAGUUUGGGUCAGUGGCAUCUUUCUGGUUCGGCAGGAGACCAGUGGUCAGCCUGGGCGCUGUGGACCAACUGCGACAACACAUCAACCCCAACUGGACCACGGAUUCCUUUGAGACAAUGCUCAAGUCGCUGCUUGGUUACCAGUCAGGUUCAGGAGUGGGAGCGACUGAGUCGAUGAUAAGAAAAAAGGUGUAUGAGGGAGCUAUCAAUAAAACCUUGGAGAACAACUUCCCUCUAUUGCUUCAGCUGGUGGAGGAGCUGGUUGAUAAGUGGGCAUCUUAUCCUGAAUCACAGCACACACCACUUUGUGCUCAUCUGCUUGGAUUGGCAAUGAAGGCUGUCACUCAGCUUGCCAUGGGGAGUCGCUUUCAGGAUGAUGCUGAGGUCAUUCGGUUUCGUAAGAACCAUGAAGCGAUCUGGUCAGAGAUCGGUAAAGGUUAUCUGGAUGGAGAGAAGAGUUCCAGCAGAAAGGCCCAUUAUGAGAGUGCUCUGGCUGAGAUGGAGUCAGUGUUGAAGUCUGUGGGAAAGCAGAGAGUUGGGCAAGGAUCCAGUCACUCAUCUUUUGUUAACUAUUUACUACAGGCCAAUCUGACAGAGCAGCAGGUGAUGGAGGAUGGGAUGGUUUUUACUCUAGCUGGCUGUGUCAUCACUGCUAACUUGUGCAUCUGGGCAGUUCACUUCCUAUCAGUCUCAGAAGCAGUGCAGGAUCGGCUCUAUAAUGAACUUGUUGAAGUCCUCGGAGAUGAGCCUGUUUCCUUAGAGAAGAUUCCACAGCUUAGAUACUGCCAGCAAGUGCUGAAUGAAACUGUCCGCACAGCCAAACUGACACCCAUGGCUGCCAGAUUACAGGAGGUGGAGGGCAAGGUGGACCAACACCUCAUUCCCAAAGAAACUUUGGUUAUCUAUGCCCUGGGUGUCGUCCUUCAAGAUGCAGAUACUUGGUCACUUCCAUACAGGUUUAACCCUGAUAGAUUUGCUGAUGAGUCCGUGAUGAAGAGCUUCUCGCUGCUUGGGUUUUCAGGGAGUCAGGCCUGCCCUGAACUAAGAUUUGCAUAUACUGUGGCCGCAAUGCUGCUCAGCACGCUGGUGCGCAGGUUGAGACUGCACAGUAUUAAAGGGCAGGUGGUUGAGGCCAGGUAUGAGCUGGUGACCACACCUAAAGAUGACACCUGGAUCACAGUCAGCAAGAGGAACUGAAGGACUCGUAUCUCACGUCCAUGACAGCCUCUUCUGGGAAAUGUGAAUUAUACAUGGACAAUGGCAUGUGCUUAACGUUGUGUCGGGCAGCAAUUGAUGAGAUCAAUGCGAUGUCAUAUAAAAAUGGUCCAGGUUAUUGAAACUAUAUGCCACAGUUUUUAGAGCUUCAUUCCGUCAAAAUGCCACGGUCAACAACAUUUCAUAAAGUAAACAAUGAAUCCAAUCUUUUAACUGAAAUCUUUCAAUACUAAUACAAAUAAAAAUGUAUAUCUCUGUA